GACGCCGCAAAUGGCCUUACCGAACCGAUCAACUCUAUUCGUCGUUUGGCAUUAAAUGGGAAACAGUACUGUACAUCUUGUUGGGUAUCAACGCAUGGUGCAGCCAAUCCUCGGGUCGGUGGUGUCGCACAGCAGGCACACCAUGAAUCGACGUGGUCUUUGAUCAUCCCAACCUCAAUUUAUUUCCAUGGUAAUUGAAAUGUUUACUUCUAUCAGGUCACUCCCAACCCUCAUCGAUAUCAACGAAUAGAUAUGGAUCCAGCCUCGGGCUCUCCCUGGCGUCGCAUUCAGUACAAGCCUCUCGAUGCUUCCCGCAACGAGAUUCGAGUUUUGUCCUUCGAGCCUACCUCGACACCCGAUGACUUGAGUAGUCGCCGAGAUCGCAUUCUGGGUCUCGGUCCCUUGCGCCUCACACUUGAGCACGUAUCUUUGGACGACUUCAAGCCAGAGUAUACAACAUUUCGUACCGCACACUCUGCGCAAUGGAGCCGGGUUGACGAUGCCUGGUGCGAGCAAUUUGACAUUGAACUAGGGUCAACAUCCUUAGACUUGUUCCGCACUAUUGCUAGGUUCACAUGGGGCGACUACACGGCAAUCAGUUACAUGUGGGGAAGCCCAGAAGAUACAAAGACAAUCAUCAUUAACGGGAAGCCCGUUACCGUUGGGGAGAACCUGGCUGCUGCUUUGGACUGCCUUCGGUCUUCCCUCGUGGACAAGGUCUGGAUCGACGCCGUUUGCAUUAAUCAGGACGACAUCGACGAGCGCAAUGCUCAGGUCCUAAGGAUAAGAGAAAUCUUCAGCCAGUCGCUAGCAGUGACGAUAUGGCUCGGAGAAGAUGAAAUGAGUGGCACAGGCCUGGACUCUUGGGUCGAGACUUCGUUUGAUAAGCUUCGCCUUUGCAACACAAUUUUGGAGGCCAACGGCAGGCAAACAUUGGAAGCAGCUCUGGGGAUCGACGUGAAGGCAUGGGAAUCCGAUCAUAAUUAUGACGAGCUAGAGGGCUUCCCCUUCUCAGGGGAUGUCUUAUACUUUGAUAACGAGUGGUGGGCCGACUCAGAUGACGAGGGUGAAUUUGAACCCCCGCAUUUUCGCGAUCUUGUUGCUGUGGCACUCUUUCGCCUUGCUCAGAAUCCGUACUGGACUCGCCUGUGGAUAAUUCAGGAACUAGCCGUCAGCCCGAUCCGUUCGACAGUCGACUGGGGCGAUUCAAGCGUGCCCCUUAGGGUGGUUCUGACGCUUGCUGAUAGCUUUUGCAACAAAACUCUGGACGGCGGCACCAUAUACUCUCACGCGGUGGCCAGAAUGUCGCCAUAUCUGCAACUACUGAACUCCAUUGGGCAGUGGCAGAAGUCGGGGGUCUUGUCUGAUAAGGACGACGGGCUGAGGGGCACGGCAGUGGACGACUUACGUCGCUUGGCAGGAUCUGCACAGUGCACUCUCCCCCACGACAAGGUAUUCGGAUUACUCGGCUUGUUGCCUCAAGCUAUAUCUAGCAAGAUCACGAUUGACUAUAAACGGGACGAAACAGAACUUUCGUCUGAGUUUACCGCGGCAAUUUUCAUUGCAAAUGAGAAUAGUGGGAACUUGGAGGGAGCAGGAGACGAAAAGGUACAGAGUACAAAGGUUGAUUCCAUUUACGCCUUACAGGAUUUGCCAGGGAGAGGGAAAGGUCUCGUUGCAAGGGAGAAGAUCUUCAAGGGCACGCGAAUUCUUUCUGAAGAGGCCGUCGUUAGAGUCAGUGAAUCGGUCAGCGGCGAGCGGCUUCGAACAUCCAUCGGCCAGCAAGUUGAAGCCCUUACCGAAAACCAUCGGCGAGACUUCCUAUCUAUGCACAACAUCUACCCAUACAGAAAUGUUGCUGAUCAGUAUCUCGGGAUUUUUCGAACAAACUCCCUACCUGCCGAAGUCGUUGGAGAUAAAGGGGCAAUCUUCCUAGAAGCAUGUCGCAUCAACCACGCUUGCGAUAAUAAUGCACAGAAGAACUGGAACGAAAUGAUCAAACGACACACAGUACAUGCUCUACGAGACAUCAACAAAGGCGAAGAGAUCACGAUAACCUACCUAGGCCCUCUCAAGAACCGCAAAGCCCGGCAGAAGGCUCUUCAGGAAAAGUUCGACUUUACAUGUUUGUGCCAUCUCUGCGCCUUACCGCCAGAGCAGAGCCAGGAAAGCGACAGGAGAUUGGAGGAGAUCCACCGUUUGGACGGUGUCAUCGACCAGUUCGGCGCAGAGGGGGUUUUGGUAUCCCCACUCCGGACCCUCCGCUACUUUGAUCAACAGGUACGUCUCUGUAACGAGCAAGGACGAGAGGACGUUGGUUUUGCGCAGGCCUUUGUCAAUGCCGCUCAGCUCGUUCUCGCCAAUAGCGAUUUGGCAAGGGGACGCGUCUUCGCGGAGAAGGCGGCAUCUGUUUGGAAGAUGACCCUUGGCGGUGACAGCACGCAAGCUAUCAAGCACGGAGCUCUAGCACGAGACCCCUCAAAGUAUGAGCUAUUCGGAAUCUCAACGAAAUGGAAAACGAAAUUGAAUGAAGCCCCGCAAGUACUUGAACCGGGCGACUUCGAUGACUGGCAUUGGAAGAGGGAGAAGCCAAACCAUCCCGGACAGCUGGCAGAUCUACGGAGCCGCACGACUUUCCCCAGGUUUAUUGACCUCCCGGGCGAGAACGAUGUCAACCCGGAGUUUUAUGAGAGAAGCAGUAUUGGUACAUACCGACCGCGACGCCAUUGGUGCUUUUUUGGUGAGAUUGUGUAUUUCGCUUCGCUACCCCGUCUGCAGAUGGAGAUCAAGGAUGUUGACGGUACGACAAUUCCGCUAUACUUUUAUAACCGAUAACCGAGGCAGUGAAUUGGCACCAGGACAGAUUUAAAAGGGGUACACGGUCGCCAUUCUCUACGCAGAGCGCCACGUAUUUAUGUUCUGCGAGCCCGGUAUCCGCCAUGAGGAUCCCCAGAUGAUCAAGAUACUUCCACUUUCAUUGGAUAAGCUGCUGGCGUUGAACGACCAGGUCCAACAGUUUUCAAGAGAGAUUAAUGGUAUGAGAAUAUGUCACGGGUGCGGAAAGAAGGCAGCCUCUCUGCAACGGUGCGGCAAGUGCUCGUCUUUCUGGUAUUGCAAUAGGGCCUGCCAAGUAGCUGGCU